AUGCCCACACACGCGCACACACGUCUUCCGGGGUGGAGAUCACGAGCUGGUGCAAUUGGGUCCGAAAGGUUAAGAGAAAGGAAGCAAGGGAGAAAACCAAGGUCACGGUCAGGGUCAGAAGACUCAAUGGCAGCGAGUUGGGGAGAAAGAUGGGGAAAGACGAGGCGCGUGGUCAUCCGCGUCGAGGGUUCGGUGGUUCCCCUUGCGGUGAAACUAAGCAACGUCCAGCCUCAUAGCGUGUCUUCCCUUCCACGCGUCGGCCGCUUUCAACAUCCACUUUUACGGCGUCGUGGUUUCUCCGGGAAAGAAGAAGUGGUAACGCUCUUCAUUGAUCACUCGCCAAUGGGUGGUUUUAUUACUGGGGAUAUAGGUGUUGCCAGAAGCUAUCUCUUACACGUGCAAUCCAGGGACUAUGCUAGCGUUGGUCCAAACAAAGCUGUGACGCGUGCGCGGGGGAAAGCCAAUGUUUGUGUUGCUGAAGAUGGAUACUUUAGAUAG